AUGAGACCUUCAAAAUGCAUUCGUCUUGCGUUUACAAGGAUAUCUCCAUCUAAAUACAUCCGAGACACCGCGUUUCGAUCAUGUCCUUCUCGUUUCUUGAGCUGCAGAAACCAAAACAACAAUCUCCCAAAUCCGGAUACGAAUGGAAUCAACAAUACAACAAAUGCUGUGCCAUCUUCUACCGACAGGCAAAACUCUGUCGCAGCUCGAGUUGUUUCUGAGGCUAGUAGAAGUCUCUCUUUCUCCACAACCUGCACAAAUGGCACGACAUUGGAUCAAAUCAUCGCCAAGAACGGCUUCAAUGUGAAACCUUUGACCGUUGAGAGGUUAAAAGGAGAUGAGAAAGCGAAAGAGGUGAUCAAUGGAAAUGAUGACAAAACCGCAAGUAAAGAUGGUUUUGAGGGUACUAAGAAAAAUGAAGUCGAGGAAGAGGCGUGGAGAUUACUAAGGGAAUCAGUAGUGAAAUACUGCGAUUCGCCUGUAGGAACGAUGGCUGCUAAUGAUCCAACUGAUACAGCACCAUUGAAUUAUGAUCAGGUCUUUAUUAGAGAUUUUAUACCUUCAGGUCUGGCUUUUUUGCUGAAGGGAGAAAGCGAAAUUGUUCGAAACUUCCUUCUUCACACAUUGCAGUUGCAGAGUUGGGAGAAAACAGUUGAUUGUUAUAGUCCAGGACAAGGAUUAAUGCCUGCGAGUUUCAAAGUCAGAACGUUACCACUUGAAGAGGACAAGGCGUACGGGAAAAUCACAGGCGAUUACUCGCUGCAAGAAAGGAUAGAUGUGCAGACAGGGAUAAAGAUGAUUGCAAACCUAUGUUUAUCUGAUGGGUUUGAUAUGUUUCCCACUCUGUUGGUCACUGAUGGCUCUUGUAUGAUAGACCGGCGUAUGGGUAUCCACGGUCACCCUCUUGAGAUCCAAGCUUUGUUCUAUUCCGCUCUUCGGUCUUCUCGUGAGAUGUUAACUGUAAACGACAGCUCCAAAAACCUUAUGAAGACAAUUAACAACAGGCUCAGUGCAUUAUCAUUUCACAUCAGAGAGAACUAUUGGGUUGACAAAAGCAAAAUCAACGAGAUUUACCGUUACAAAACAGAGGAGUACUCAAUGGAUGCAACCAACAAGUUCAAUAUCUACCCGGAACAGGUUUCUCCAUGGUUAAUGGACUGGAUUCCUGAAGGUCCUAGAUCUGGAUUCCUUGUAGGAAACCUCACUCCUGGUCACAUGGACUUCAGGUUCUUCACUCUUGGAAACCUCUGGUCAAUCAUAUCUUCCUUAGGAACACCGAGACAGAACCAAGCUAUAUUGAAUUUGAUUGAAGAGAGAUGGGAUGAUAUCAUUGGUCAUAUGCCACUUAAGAUUUGUUAUCCGGCUUUGGAAUCUUCAGAGUGGCAUAUAAUUACCGGAAGCGAUCCGAAGAACACGCCUUGGUCUUACCACAAUGGCGGAUCAUGGCCAACACUUCUCUGGCAAUUCACAUUGGCAUGCAUCAAGAUGGGUAAACCAGAAUUAGCAGAAAAAGCAGUUACUUUAGCAGGGGAGAGGCUUCAAGCGGACCGUUGGCCUGAGUACUACGACACAAGAGACGGGAAGUUUAUCGGAAAAAAGUCCAGGCUUUACCAGACAUGGACAAUUGCUGGUUUCUUAACUUCAAAGCAGCUAUUGCAGAAUCAUGAAUUAGCAUCUUCACUGUUCUGGGAAGAAGAUCUUGAGCUUCUAGAGACUUGUGUUUGUGCACUCACUAAAUCAGGCAGGAAGAAAUGUUCCCGCGCCGCAGCAAAGUCUCAGAUUCUUAUCUAA